CUCCAUCCCCUCCUUCCCUCUAACACACACUCACACUCUGGAGAAACACGUCACUGAGCUUGGGGACUCAGCGGCUCAUUAAAGAGAAGGAUGUGAUAUUCUCAAUCGAGACUGUGAGACUCCCAGCACGCCUAUUUAUAGAUGCAAUAUCUCUAUGGAGUCACCGUGGCGUUGGCUAAUCGCAGCCGUGGCCCCAGACGCCAAUUAAGAAUGAAACAAAUGCUUUUUAGGUGGGAUCUGCCCCUCCCUUCUGCUAAGGUCCUUCCGUCCGCCACAAUGUCUGGUGGGGGAGCGGAUCUGCUUGGAACGUAUUCCUGCAUCAGGUCGGGAUACAAGGAGGGCGCAUGCAGAGUGCAGUCAAAGCCCUGCCGUGGCAUUUUUAAAUGCACCCCUCUGGAGAGCAAGAGCUAGGUUUCUUAUAUGUGGUUGUUUUCAUAUGUUUGACUCUGGGUCUGGGAUGUCCGUGGAUAUGUUGAAUUGCUGUGACUCAUAGGGCAUUAAGUUCCACCAGGUUAGAAGAGUGAUGACCAUCCUGUUCCUUACUAUGGUUAUUUCGUACUUCAGUUGCAUGAGAGCUGCUCCCAUGAGAGACGCCCCGGGUAUAAGGGGCCACCGAACGGAAGGCUACUUGGGUGCUGCAGUGACGGUCGGCCAGGGCCACGGGACUCCACAGAGCGGGGGUGGGCCGGGCCAGCAUGGGGGACUGCCCUCGCUCACAGACACGUUUGAGCAGGUGAUUGAGGAGCUCUUGGAGGUGGAAGGAGAAGCAUCUCAGCUGGGGCCUGGGGCUGACAAGGGCCAGGGAGGAGGGGGUCCUUCCUCUGUGGUCACCACGGAGACAAAGGAUGUCGACCUGUAUGCAUCGCGGGUGAUGAUCAGCAACCAAGUGCCUUUAGAGCCACCGCUGCUUUUUCUCCUGGAGGAAUACAAAAACUACCUGGACGCCGCUAACAUGUCCAUGAGGGUACGGCGGCAUUCUGACCCGUCGCGGCGUGGAGAGCUGAGUGUGUGUGAUAGUAUUAGCCAGUGGGUGACAGCUGUGGACAAAAAGACAGCAAUAGACAUGUCUGGGCAGACCGUUACCGUCCUGGAAAAGGUCCCUGUCCCCAAUGGCCAACUGAAGCAAUACUUUUAUGAGACCAAAUGUAACCCUAUGGGGUACACAAAGGAGGGCUGCCGUGGAAUAGACAAGAGGCAUUAUAACUCCCAAUGCAGGACAACCCAGUCCUACGUGCGAGCGCUCACCAUGGAUAGCAAAAAGAAGAUUGGCUGGCGGUUUAUAAGGAUAGACACAUCAUGUGUAUGCACAUUGACCAUUAAAAGAGGAAGAUAGUGUAUAUAAUGUAUAGAUUUUAUUGAGAGUUUAAAAAAGAGAGUAAAGAGAAAAUAUCUAUUUGUAUAUAUACAUAACAGGGUAAAUUAUUCCGUCAAAUGAAAAUUUUAUGGACUGCAUGUAAAAAAAGAUGAKGUUUAUACAGUAAAAGUGAUACUACAGUCUAUUUAUUGAACAUAUUCAUGACCUUGUAAACAAUUAAAAAAAGAUCUGAUCAGUCAUUUGCGCCCAGUUUAAAUUACUAUAUCACAUUCCUCAAGACAUUGUGGUUUGUUUACGUUGCCAAGAAUGUGAGAAAGAAGGAAAAGAGUGAUGAGGAUGAGGGAGAGGGUGAGGACGAGUUCCAUAAAAAAAACUUGCAUGCUGCUUCAAUUGUGAAUUGAGAAUUUGUCCACCUAAGAAAAAAGGAUAUGAUACCGACCAAAACAUUCCGUUUACAUACUCAACAGUAAGGGUUUCCUCCUCAGUACUUUAUCUGUUUACUGUUCUAAACUUCUCAAGGUAAUGUUGGAAUUACAUACUAUGUCAAGGUGCUGUUGUCAAAGCUUUGCUGUUUAUUUUUUUAUCCCCACCAGAGGACAAAAUAUAAGAAUAUAUAUAUAUAUAAAAUUUAUUCAUU